GGAGGAUACUUCAGAAGCGUCGAAGCGUGGAAAAAGUUUGCUACCAGCCUCAUUCGGAGCUGUCGCACUCGUGAUACGAAGACGCCGUUCUUGAACACUGUUCUGACCGGUGCGGAUGCUUUCCUGGGGAGGCCGUUGACGGAUUCGGAGCUCGCGGAGGAGAGCAUGGGCGGGAUGUUCGGUGGGAGUGGCACUACUGCCAACACGCUGACGUAUCUCCUGUGGGCAAUGUUGAGACAGCCGGAGUUGGUGAAGAGGUUGCGAGCGGAGUUGGAGGCGGCGUUCGAGAGGGAUGGCGGUGCAGUUCCCGCAGCAGCAACGUGCGCAAACCUCCCCUUCCUCCAAGCGGUGAUCAACGAGACCCUGCGGCUCUAUCCCACCAUCAUCGCCACGCUUCCCCGGAAAGCUCUUCGCGACACCGUGGUCGGAGGCAUGCAUAUUCCAGCGGGAACGAUAGUGGGAACGCAAAAUUACACCAUCCACCAGAACGAGACUGCUUUCCCCGACGCAACCUCUUUCUUGCCCGAGCGGUGGCUUGAUGUGAAGAACGAGGAAGCAAUGAAGGAAGCUUUUGUGCCCUUUUCCAUUGGCGCGAGAGCCUGCAUCGGCAUCAAUCUGGCGAAGAUGGAGAUCAGCAAGACGGCGUCUGCCUUCUUCCUUCGCUUCGAUGCAGAGGUGGAUGGCUCGAUGACCCCCAAACAAAUGGAGAUGUAUGAUGUAUUCAGCGCCAGUCCUCGGGGAGCGAGACUGCUGUUGAAUUUGAGGGAUCUUGGUGGCGGUGAGUGAUAGCACAAUGGCGCCCUUGGAGAUUCAUGUGGAGGAGCACUCGUGGUGAACGCAAUCUGCUGGCGCGCCGUGCCUCAUCCUCUUGGGCCAUUCAAUUCAGGGCAAGAUCCGUCUUUAACAACGCGUACAUGUUUGAAGACGGGGCUGAGAAGCAACCACCUGCUAAGGAUCGAUGGGGGAAGUAGUUUGACACUCUGUCAGCCCUACAUAAUCUCUGCGACCCUGCCCACUCAGUCUAUUUCCAUUUCUUCGCCGUUAUCCAACGCCUCGCGCUCCAG